GUCUGGAAAAUAGAAUUUUGGAAACGUAAACAAAAUGAGCAACAGACUGAGACACAGACGCGAUCCCGAUGCGCAGCACAGCGCCGAUAGUGUGCAGACACCAGAGCCAAAGGUUCACUAUUGGCCAUUCUGGCGCAUUGUCUACUGGCUGGUUGUCUUCGUUGUUGUUUUGUGCUUAUGCGUGGGACUGUACUUCACCCUGAAAUCGGAUCGCGGACACUGCAAGUCGUACGACGUGCGCUGCGAUUGAUGCAACAGACUUAAGCCUCUACGACACUUCAAUAUACUUCAAUCCAGUGUGUCCAACAAUUCUAUGACGUGUUCAAUCUAUGUGCAGGAUUAAUUAAAGACUCAUUCAAGACAUUGUUUAUACCAU